UUCUUUUUAUUUAUUAUUUAUAAUUAAUUUUGAAUAAAUAAAUUAAUGAACAGCCAUGGAAAUGUGUUUGAAAAACAAAUGUAUAGUUCACUAGGUAUUGAGUACAAAGUUGUUAAAACAUUUGAGGUCAUUCAAGGUCAAGUGGUUUAAGAUCAUUCAAAGUCAAGUGGUGACAGCUACGUUAAAGUAAAAAUGUUUCACUUUUACGUAAAUCUGUCAUUUAAAGGGAAGAAAUUUCAGCAGAAAAAAAAAUUAAUUUGGUUGACAACAAAAAGUGAAAAAUUUGUAACUUUGCAGAUGGCAGUUACUUUUUACACUUGUUCGUUUAUGAACUUAAAUGUUUAUUUUAUCCCUUAAUGUUUUUUCACUGUACAUUGUUGAUUGAGAUGUGUUUCAUUUCUGUAAUUUAUAACAAAAGAGUAAGAAAAGUUUGAAAAUAUUAUGGCUCAACCACCACCACCAUAUGCACCACCUCAGCAGCCUGGUUAUGCUCCUCAACAGCCUGGCUAUCCCCCUCAACAGUCUGGCUAUCCUCCUCAAGGACAGUACCCACCAACACAAGAGCCAAGUAAAGCAGGACCUCCACCUGGUUAUGCUCAACCUGGAGGUUAUCCCCAACAGGGAGGAUAUCCACAACAGCCACCACCACAACAGGGAGGAUAUCAGCAGUCAUCUCAAAAUACAACAACUGUCAUCACAACUCAACCAGCUGUCGUCACGACUGCAGCUGUUAUGUUUCACGAAUUUCCUGUUGCAUUGACAUGCCCGUCGUGUAGAGCUCAGGUUGUGUCAGCCGUUCAUUAUGAUCCAGGAACAUUUGCUUGGCUAUUGUGCUUACUUAUGUUUUGUUUUGGGUUUUGGAUAUGCUGUUUUAUUCCGUUUUGUGUGGACUCGUGCAAGGACGCGGUGCAUCAUUGCCCGAACUGUAGUGCGACUUUGGGCGUGUACCGACGGAUGUAAUGUGAAAUACUGCACCAGUGUUGGAAUCAUUUGUUUGUGUUUUCGUAUUUUUAAACAGUUUAGUAUUGUGUUUUCUCUGUGAGUCUCUGUGAGUUUUUUUUAUUAAGAACGCAAUUUUCACUUUAAUUUAGCUUCAGUUACUGAGAGCAAAAUUUUGAUUUCACCCUCACGUUGCUAAGAAGCUGCAUUCAAAUUUUACAAGAUUUAUCUCACAAUUAAUUUUUGCAUUUCUUUCUUUUAAAGAGUUGUUGUAUAGAUUGCUUGUUAGAAGCCUUAGUUUUAACUUUAAUACAAAAUUGAGUCUCGGCCCUUAACAAUUGGGUUGCUUAAAGAAAUACGUCUGCUUUUUGCACCGUAAAGACCGUGAAAGCUGCCUAAAUAAUGUGUUUUACUUAGAGAUUCUUUGGUGCCUUGAUUAAUUAUUUCGAGGGGAAUCAUAAUAUCCUUUUUAAAAAAUACUUUUUGAAGCACAGGUAUGAAUUCGACAGAGUAUCCUGUGGAUACUUUGUCUAGCUCACUUGAGAUGUUUCCUUUGGUAAAAAUGCAAGACAAAGAAAUAUAUUUCCGCCUUUUUUCGUCAUAUCCUACUUUCUGUCUCCAUUAAUGCAUACAAAUUAUACACAUAUUUUUUUAAAAGCAAUUUGACUUUCACCUUGUCACUUAAGUUACUAAAAAUGCUUUUAAAUUGAACAUCGAACAGUUUUGAAGAUCUUAAAAAUCCGGCCCUGAUUCACUCGAAUUUUGUUUAAUUUGAUAUAGAAUUCCAAUAAUAACACUUUCAGAGCAAAUAGUUAUUCGAUAUAAAAGCAAAAAAAGGAAUACCAGUGCUCCAUGAUAUAAUAUAUAAAUGGUUAUUAUGAAGAAAAUGGGGUUCUUUGAGUUUACUGUCCCUUUAAAAACUCAAGCCAAACAUAAAUUGUAGUCCAGUAUUACUACUAAAAAUUGCUUUGAAAACUUGCAUAUUUUAGUAUGGUUGAUACAUUGGCUGUGUAUACUUUUUGUUGAUUAUAUACUUCAUGUAAUAGUUUUUAUAACACAUAACACUUAAAACAAAAACUCUGUAA